UCCACAUCGAAUACCUCUCUCACCAUCCUACCGACUCGAACAUUUCCACCAUGUCCGAGGAACCUCGCAAGCGUUCGCGCUUCGAUCAGACUGACGAAGAACCUGUUAAGCGCAGCCGAUUCGAUCAGCGUGACGACCGCUCUCGCUCCCCUCCGAAGAGCCCCGCCGUGUCAAAGAGCAUUGAAAAGACCGAGGAUGACAAGAAACAUGAUCCGGUAGCGGCGGCGAUGGCUGCGGCCUCGAGGAUCAAUGCGCAGCUGGCAGACCGCAAGGGAGUGCAGCACGUGGAUGUGCCGCCGAUUCGUGCUACCAGCGCUGGUGCGCCCAAGUCGCCCUCGGAGCCUGUCGCUGCUCUCAACGCCGAAAUCUACCAGCAAGACGGUGACUUUAUCAAGGACAUCGAGGUCAACGAUUUGCGCAACCGCUACACCUUGACCAAAGGCUCGACUCAGAAGAUGAUCAAGGAUGAAACGGGCGCCGAUGUCACCACCCGCGGAAGCUACUUCCCCGACAAGAGCAUGGCCACGGCCGCGAACCCACCGCUCUACCUCCACGUUACCAGCACCACGAAAGAUGGCCUCGAGAAAGCCGUUAAGAAGAUCGAUGAGCUCAUGCAGCAGGAGCUCCCCCAAUUGAUCGACGAGCGUCGAUUCCGUCGUCGUGAGGAUCAACCGCGUGAGCAGCCAGAGAGGGACGCCCUCGGUCGUCGCAAGUGGCCAGAUGAGCGCAUCCCGAUCGACCUCGAGCCGAUUCCUGGUUUCAACCUCCGCGCGAAAGUCGUCGGUGCGGGUGGCAGCUAUGUCAAGCAUAUUCAGACCGAGACACGCUGUCGUGUGCAGAUCAAGGGCCGCGGCAGUGGUUUCAUGGAGCACGAUACUGGGGUUGAGAGUGAUGAGCAGAUGUACCUUCAUGUCGCCGGACCGGAGCAAAGCAUGGUCGAUCAAGCCAAAGAGAUGUGUCUCUCCCUUCUCGAAUCAGUCCGGGAGUCCUACCUCGAAUUCAAGGAGCGCGGACCCCAACACCGUGGCGGCGGCGAUCGUGGCGGGUACGGUGGAGGCUACGGUGGUGAUCGAGGAGGUUACCACAACCGUGACGGCGGGGAUCGCUACGGAGGCGCUCAGUCCCCUGUUGCACCUCAAGCAGCAGCUACCGGCGCCGCUGGAGCCGCCACCGAUCCGAACGAUCCGGCUGUGAUUCAAGCCUGGAUCACGUACUAUGCCGCCAACCCGUCUCAGGAUCCGAUGGCUCAGUACGGAGGGUAUGCGGCGUACAUGACAGCUUACCUGGCAGCACAAGCUGCUGGCACCACGCAGUCUCCAGCAGUGGCUAACGGCUCUGCUCCACCGCCUCCUCCGCCCGAGGACCAGAGUGCUCCUCCGCCUCCGCCGCCGGGCACAGGAGGUGGAGCGUACAACAGUGUGCCACCACCGCCUGGUGUUUGAGUAUUAGGACGACUGCUUCCAUGCUGAGCGUAAAAAUUGGCCCGGUGUGGCUGUGAUUGAAGCCGUCACCAUGCGGCAGAAAAGAACCGCUGAUACAUUGGGUCUUUGCAGGACUACUCGCUCAACGUGUGAAGAUCAAUUUUCGACAAC